AUGGAUGCAACCUCUUCACAAGUAUCGCAUGGCUCUAUUGAAAGUGCAUCCAGCCAACAUUCAACUGUACCAGCUCCUCCUCUGACUGCUGCUGCGCGUCCUCCGACGUCAUUACUCUUCUCACGUGGCAAUUUGGCAAGCAGCCGUUUUGGAAAUGAUAGAUCUACGACCGCUCGACCGUCAACGGCUGUUCGCGGUGUGGGAUAUGCGGCCAACUCAGCUGGAUCAUCAGGGCAACGUUUUGACCAGCUAUUUUUAGAGAAAGCCAAACAGCAAACGCUGUCAUCAGCAAAUGCAGCUGUUGACUCAAAGAAGGAAGUGAAUCCGCAGGUGAAAUUUAAAAAUCUGGAAACAAAAAUUGUGAAACUUCUCGAAGCUUCAAUUUUAUUAUCGGCCAAGGAUGUAAUGACCAACUCUAAAACCGCGUCUGGGGCUGAAUUGAAAUCUAAUUUUGCAGAAGCAUUAAAUAAAGCUAAGGAAGCUUUCUCACUGGAUCGAACUUUGCAUCAGUUUCGUUCCCAAUAUGGAGAAAAUAUUUUCCACAAUUUUGACUUGACCUAUGCGGUAUUCUUUAACUUAGCUGAGCAAUAUGAACGCAAUGACAUGCAUAUCGAAGCUCUUAACACAUAUAGUAUUAUGACCAAAAACAAAAUGUUUCCACAUGUGAACCAGCUGAAAUUAAAUAUGGGCAAUAUUUACUAUAAAAUGGGAAUAUAUCCAAAAGCGAUAAAAAUGUAUAGGAUGGCACUUGACUCGGUGCCAAAUAACUUAAAACAGCUUCGAUUAAAAAUAACUCACAACAUCGGUAUCCUAUUCGUACGCAUGGGUCAGUAUGCCGAUGCUGCUUCCAGCUUUGAGUUCAUCAUGACAGAACGGCCGGAAAUUCGAAGUGGUAUUCAUUCGAUACUUUGUUACUAUGCUAUCGGUGAUGUUGAAAAAAUUAAGGCCACAUUUCGUAAUUUGUGCGACGUACAGCAGGUCGAAACAGAAAAUGAUUUGGAAAUAGAAAAUAAUAUAAUUAAAAUUCAACAGCAUGCCACCGCCGACGACGAGGCCGAGCAAGGUUUAUCUGAUUUUAAUUAUGACAUUGCAUCCACUCGGAAUCAAAUUAUGAAUGAAGCAUCAGCUGAAAAUGUCGAAAGUAAUUUCAAUGACACUAUGAAGCGAAAUUUGGAAAGUAAAAAUAUUAAGCGCUAUGUUACGAAAGCUUUAAAGUGUGACGAACUAGCUGGAUACAUCAAACGACGUCGAAAUAACAACAAACGGGCAAUUACCAUGAUUGUGGACUUAAUAUCACCGAUAAUUGAGGAAAACUAUAAUGACGGUUAUAAUUGGUGUAUCGAAAUUAUCAAAACAUCAAAUUUGGCGUGGCUUGCAAGCGAAUUGGAGCUAAAUAAAGCUCUGGUUUAUUUGCGGCAAAAUGACGUCAGUCAAGCUAUUGAAACACUGCAAAUGCACGAUAAAAAAUCUGAAGAAUCUAUGACCGCCAGUGCUCUCAUAAACCUGUCAUUCAUAUAUAUAAAUAUGGGCAACUUUGAUAUGGCGGAUCAAUGCGUGAAUCAAUUGAAAGAGUUUGGUGUUUUGCAAAGCAAUCCCAUGGCUCUCGUUAAUGCUGCUGUCAUCGAUUAUGAACGGAAGGAUUAUAGCGCUGCGCGGAAGAGACUCGAAGAAGUGUUACAAAUACAGCCAGAUAACUUUGAGGCUAACUACAAUCUUGGUCUUGUUGGACUGCAAGAAAAUAAUUUGGAACUGGCUGAAGAGCAGUUUGAGCACUUAAAGGCACUAAUGAUGGUUCCACAUUCAGUGCAGCAUAGUCACGUAUUUUUCCAGUUGGCAAAACUACAAGAGAGGCUCCAUAAUGAUUCAGUAUUAAAUAGCAACUUUCGGCACACGGCAACGCCAGCAGCUUUGCAAUCCUAUCUUCAAGUUUUGGGAAUUUCUGCUGCUGAUACUGAUUCUCGACUAUUCGAUAAAGUUGGAUCAAUAUAUGAGCAAGUGCAGGACCACCAAGAGGCUAACCAAUAUUAUAACGAAGCCUAUCGCAUUAAUCCAAGUGAUAUAAAUAUCGCAAGCUCCAUAGGUUCUUAUUAUAUAAAACUACAAGCGACGGAGAAAGCCAUAUACUAUUAUGAGCGCGCUGUUCUCGCAAAUCCCAAUGAUGCAAAUCUUAUGCUGCGUGUCGCCAGUUGUUUCCGAAAUUCUUACUUACCUCCUAAACAAUAUUUGGGUAUUUUUGAGAAGAUAUACAAUCGAUUCCCGGAUAAUUUAACAUGCGUCCGGGCACUGGUACAGGUCACCAAAUCGCUCGGCUUAACGGAAUUGAAUGAAAAAUAUUCUUUAGAAUAUACCCGCUUGCAUAGAAUUCUGCAAGAGCGCCAAAAUGACCAACGUUACCAACAGCAAAGGCUAUCAUCGGGAGCAUCGAGCAAAGGAAGUAAUCGUUUUAGAGAGACGAAAAAUAACAUCGAAGAACAUGCGGGCCAAUUAUUUACGGAAAAUUCUGAAACAAACACUCUAACAUCCACAAUUAACAUGGACCAAUAUAUGCAAUUAAGAAACUCGUAUAAUACAGAAACACAUCAUUCUGAUCCUCUGGGUCCACCAGCUGAAAGACCACGUACUGGAAUUAUAAAUAAUAUUUCACGGGACCACGACUCUGGAGAUGACGAAAUUAAUACCGACAGCUUGUUGCCGAUAUAAAUACUUGAGCAUGUUUUCAAUGUCUUGAAGAUUUAUGACUAACAUAAUGAACACAAAUGUACAAAGUUAUGUACAUAAAUAUAUGGAAAAAAGAAUUAUACUCUUAAAUAGUUCACAUUUUUUGUUAUUAAUUGUUUCCAAUGUAUUUUAUUUAAAGCA